AUGAGCUCCAGACGAGGAGGACAUAAGCAAUCGGCAAGGAGGUCAGCGAGAAAGACUGCACCGACCGAGAGCCAAAACAAUGACACAUGGGAACGACUUGCACAAGCCAUCCGCGAAAUUCACAAGAAAAAUGCAUCCGUGCUUUCGUUCGAAGAACUCUAUCGUAAUGCAUAUAACAUGGUAUUGCAUAAAAAUGGCGAAAGAUUGUAUGCCGGUGUCAAGGACGUGAUCACGCAACAUCUUCAAGAAGUCGCAUUGAAUGAAGUGGCACCUGCGUUUCCCGUCAGCGAAACGAGCGUUGUGAUCAGAAGAGCGGCUAGCGGAGGGGAUGGUGCUAACUUUUUAAAGGUGUUGAAGAGGGUCUGGGAAGAUCAUACUACCUGCAUGAUGAUGAUAAGAGAUAUUUUAAUGUAUAUGGACCGUGUUUAUGCAAAAUCGGCCAAAGUCGCUCUAGUCUACGACCUUGGCCUCGAACUGUUUUGCAACACAAUCGUUCGCUCUCCUCAGCUUCCGAUUCAGACGCAUCUUCUUAAUGUCCUUUUACAACAAAUUCGUCUUGAGCGCGAAAACGAAAUUAUCGACCGAUCUGCGGUCAAAGCAGCCAUGAAUAUGUUGUUGGAAUUGACCGAUUCGACAAAUCACGAGUCUGUGUAUGCCAUUGACUUUGAGGGAAAGUUCUUGGAAACCAGUGAAGACUUUUACAACUUGGAAGGACAGAAUUUGGUUGCAAAGUGUGACGCACCGGAAUAUAUGAAAAAGGUAGAAAACCGCUUAACCGAAGAAGAACAAAGAAUUCGACACUAUUUGUCAGUAACAACGGAACCAAAAAUAAGAGCAAUUGUUGAAAAGCAAAUGAUUUCGAAACAUUUAAAGACUGUCAUAGAGAUGGAGAAUUCUGGAUUGAUUCCCAUGCUGACGAACGAAAAGAUGGACGACCUAGCUCGCAUGUACAAGUUAUUUUUCCGUGUAGAGACUGGCCACGAUGAAAUGAAAUCUGCCAUAUCUACACACAUUCGAGCUCUCGGUAAACUCAUAAAUGAAAAAGUUACAAGUGGUGUGACGAACCAGGGUGAAGGAGGCAGCAACACUUCCUCCGCCAAUGACAAGCAAACUGGUACAGUUGUGGCAAUACGAUGGGUGCAGGAAGUAUUGGACUUGAAGGACAAAUUUGACAAAGUGUUGAGUCAGGCGUUGAACAAUGAUAAAGCGUUUCAGACUUCGUUCAUCGAAGCCUUUGGAAGCUUUAUUAAUGAUAACCCAAAGUCUCCCGAGUUUAUAUCACUGUUUAUCGACGAGAAUCUUAAGAAGGGUCUCAAAGGAAAAACGGAAGACGAAGUAGAUAACGUACUUGACAAGACGAUUACGCUUUUCCGUUUCAUCAAUGAGAAAGAUGUCUUUGAGCGUUACUACAAACAGCAUCUUGCAAAACGACUUUUAUUCCAACGUAGUGUAAGCGAUGAUGCUGAGCGAGGAAUGAUUAGCAAACUCAAGAUCGAAUGCGGUUAUCAAUUCACUACAAAAUUAGAAGGAAUGUUCAACGAUAUGAGAAUAUCGGCAGAUACAAUGUCCGACUUUAGAGAGUAUCCAGAUAAAAUAGGAAUCGAGCGACCGAAACUGGAUCUCAACGUGACUGUUCUCACAUCCACGUUCUGGCCAAUGAAUUUAUCGGCGAGUCCUCGCUGCAACUUCCCAGCCGAAAUCACAAAGGCGUGCGAGACAUUUCAGAAAUUUUACCUUGAACGUCAUAGCGGUCGAAGAUUGACAUGGCAGUCGAAUAUGGGAACUGCUGAUAUUCGUGCUACGUUUAAACAUAAGAGGCAUGAAAUCAAUGUAUCGACUUAUCAAAUGGUCAUAUUGCUAAUGUUUAAUGAUCUUCCGGAAGGCGAUUCGCUAGCCUACGAGCAAAUAAAAGGCGAAUCGGAUAUUCCUGAAGCAGACUUAAAGCGCAAUCUCCAAUCCCUCGCUUGCGCAAAAUACAGGAUCCUUACAAAGGAACCGAAAUCAAAAGACAUCAACGUCAAUGAUCGAUUCUUCUUCAAUAGUGAAUUCGUUGCCCCCCUGCAACGCAUUAAAAUCCAGACUGUUGCCAGUAAGGUUGAAACGGAAGGAGAGCGCAAGGAUACGAGGGAGAAAGUGGAAGAAGCACGGAAACACCAAAUUGAGGCCGCCGUGGUGAGGAUUAUGAAGGACAGAAAGACAAUGGAACAUAAUAAUUUGAUAGCAGAAGUGGUGAAACAACUGAGUUCGAGGUUUACACCUCAUCCGGGAAUGAUCAAGAAAAGGAUUGAGGCGUUAAUCGAUAGAGACUAUUUAGAGCGGGCGCCUGGUGAUAGGUAA